GAAAAGUUUGACGACAUGAUUGACAAGGAAAUGCUGCAAACCACAAUUGCUAUUGAACAGGCAGCUAAUAGACUAGCUGAAAUUUUAAAAGGUUCAAAGUCGAAUCAGAGUGGAUUUCAGUUGGAAGUAAAUGAAAAGCUGUUGGAUUCUUGCAAUAAUCUGAUGAUGAAAAUAAGAAUUCUUAUAGAAAAGUCUAAAAUUUUGCAAAAAGAAAUAGUGGAUCAGGGAAAAGGAACGAGUUCUAUUAAAGACUUUUAUAAGAAACACAACAGAUGGACUGAAGGUCUGAUUUCAGCAGCCAAAGCUGUUGGAUUUGGUGCUAACAUUUUAGUCGAUGCAGCCGAUAAUGUAGUUAAUGGUCAGGGAAAAUUUGAAGAAUUAGUUGUUUGUGCCCAAGAAAUAGCCGCAAGUACUGCACAACUAGUGGCAGCUUCAAAAGUAAAGGCUGCCGCAGGCAGUUUAAAUUUAAUUCAGAUGUCAGAAGCUUCUAAAGGUGUAUCAGAAGCUACAGGACUUGUAGUUGCUUCGGCAAAAAGUGGAGCUGAAAGAAUGGACGAAAUGGAGUUGUUUGAUUUCACUAAAUUGACCCUGCACCAAGCUAAGCGAAAAGAAAUGGAUUCACAAAUAAAGGUUUUAGAACUUGAGAGUAAUUUGGAAAAAGAAAGGAGACGUCUUGCCGAAUUAAGAAAAAUCCAUUAUCAAUUGGAUGAAGAUUUAGAAUGA